AUGGAAAAAAGCAAGCACGUUGUGGAGCUUGCAAUGCUUCUUGGCCUCAUCAUUUUCAUGCUUAGUGUCAAUCCAACUUCAACUGCUGAAGAGCAUGGCAACAACUUGUUGACUUACAUUGUUCAUGUCAAAAAGCCCGAGGAUGGAACUUCUCUUCAAUCCCAAGAGUUGCACAACUGGUACCACUCCUUCCUUCCACAAACCUCUACCAAGGAUCGAAUGGUUUUCUCUUACAGCAACGUGGCCUCAGGAUUUGCCGUGAAGUUGACCCCAGAAGAAGCAAAAGCUCUUCAAGAGAAAGAAGAGGUUGUCUCAGCCAGACCCGAAAGGACACUUUCCUUGCACACAACUCACUCUCCAACUUUCUUGGGGCUGCGACAAGGUGUAGGAUUAUGGAACAAUUCCAACCUUGGCAAAGGUGUCAUAAUUGGAGUAAUAGACACGGGUAUAUACCCCUUUCAUCCAUCUUUCAAUGAUGAAGGGAUGCCACCUCCACCAACAAAGUGGAAAGGCUUUUGUGAAUUCACAGGGGAGAGGACAUGCAACAACAAGCUCAUUGGUGCAAGGAAUCUUCUCAAGAGCGCUAUUGAAGAGCCUCCUUUUGAAAACUUGUUCCACGGAACCCACACUGCCGCUGAGGCUGCUGGAAGAUUUGUCGAGAAUGCUAGUGUUUUUGGCAAUGCUCAAGGUACUGCAGCUGGCAUGGCACCCAAUGCUCACAUAGCAAUGUACAAAGUGUGCAAUGACAAAGUGCUGUGCACUGAAAGUGCUAUCUUAGCUGCAAUGGACAUAGCCAUUGAGGAUGGUGUGGAUGUUCUUUCUCUCUCCCUAGGUUUAGGCUCUCUUCCAUUCUUUGAAGAUCCAAUUGCGAUUGGUGCAUUUACCGCCAUUCAGAAAGGAAUCUUUGUUAGUUGUUCAGCUGCAAAUGAUGGCCCCAACUAUAGCACUUUAUCAAACGAGGCCCCUUGGAUUCUCACCGUUGGUGCAAGCACAAUUGACAGAAAAAUAGCAGCAUCAGCAGUGCUUGGAAACGGUUUAGAAUAUGAAGGAGAAUCUCUGCUCCAACCCAAAGACUUUCCUCCACGUUUGUUGCCACUCGUGUAUGCGGGUGCAAAUGGAAACCAAUCCUCUUCUUUCUGCACCAAAGGAUCCUUAAAAUCCGUUGAUGUUAAGGGAAAGGUGGUGCUGUGUGACAUAGGUGGAGGCGUUCUAAGUGUUGUCAAAGGACAAGAAGUUCUAGAUGCUGGUGGUGUGGCCAUGAUCCUAGCAAACCCAGAAUCCUUAGGCUUCAGUACCUUUGCUGUUGCUCAUAUUCUCCCUGCUGUGGAAGUGAGUUACGCUGCUGGUUUGGCCAUCAAAGCUUACAUAAACUCAACCUAUUCACCAACCACAACAGUGUUAUUCAAAGGAACAGUGAUUGGUGAUUCACUUGCUCCCACAGUUGUUUCAUUUUCUUCAAGGGGUCCAAGCCAAGCAAGCCCAGGCAUUCUAAAACCUGACAUUCUAGGACCCGGAGUGAACAUUCUAGCUGCAUGGGCUUUGUCUGUAGACAACAAAAUCCCAGCAUAUAACAUGGUUUCGGGAACUUCUAUGUCAUGCCCUCACCUCAGUGGCAUUGCUGCUUUGCUCAAAAGUGCACACCCUGAUUGGUCCCCUGCAGCCAUAAAAUCAGCAAUCAUGACAACUGCUAACACACUCAACCUUGGAGGCCAACCCAUAUUGGAUCAGAGGCUUCUACCUGCUGACAUUUUUGCCACUGGUGCAGGCCAUGUUAACCCUCUCAAAGCCAAUGAUCCAGGCCUUGUUUAUGAUAUCCAGCCAGAGGAUUACAUUCCUUAUUUGUGUGGUUUGGGGUACGCGGAUAAAGAAAUUGGAAUUCUUGUGCAAAGGAGAGUGAGUUGCUCUAGUAUAAAAGCCAUACCACAAGCACAACUCAAUUACCCUUCCUUUUCUAUUUUAUUGGGCUCUAGUUCUCAGUACUAUACAAGAACGUUGACCAAUGUUGGACCUGCUAAUUCAACUUACAGUGUAGAUCUCGAGGUGCCUUUGGCCUUGGGUAUGAGCGUAAACCCGAGGCAGAUAACAUUUACGGAGGUGAAGCAGAAGAUUACGUACUCAGUGGAAUUUAUUCCUCAAAUUAAAGAAAAUAGAGGCAACCAUACUUUUGCUCAGGGUUCUCUCACGUGGGUUUCUGAUAAACAUGCUGUUAGGAUCCCCAUAUCUAUCAUUUUCAAGUGA